AUGAACCUCGCCAUCGACCCAUGCGAGGAUUUCCACGAGUACGCUUGCGGGGGAUGGAAUCAGAAGAACACGGGACCGGUCACCGGCUGGCUGCGCGUUACCCUGGAGCAGCAGAUUUUUGAGAUACUCACGAAUGACAAAUCGGGAAUGGCGGCAGGCGAGAAGGCGAUGGCCUUCUACGAGUCUUGCCAAACCAUCGACCUCGAAAAUUUUAACUCGGAGCUCCAGGAAUAUGUCAAGAAGUUUGGGGAGCUGCGGCUGAUCGGGCAAAAGUUGGAGCCGGGAUUGAGCCAGCCCAGCAUCACCGACACGUUGUUGUUCACCACGUUCCCCAGGAUCCGCAAGGAUGACGAGCUUUCUGCCGCAAACUGUCUACCCUGUAUCCAACCUUCUUCCAGCCCAUCUGUUAGGCUCUCCAUGCCGCAUGAUCGGGCGAUGUUUUUCGAUACGAGGUAUGCGCCCAGGGGACCGCUUGAUGAAGGAAAAGUCAGGAGUGGGCUUGAGGAGGCUUUUACGGAAAUAGAGGCCCUGGGCUUCAACGUCAACAAUGAGACCCGCCAGGAGCAGUUGGAGGAACUCUUCGAAUUUUACAAGAAGCUUUUUGUCCCAAUGACGUGCAGGAGCGCUACGGCGCACAAUAAGCACGCCCUCGACAGGCAGAAAAUCGACGACUUUUACGAGAUGAUCCCAAUGCCUCAAGAAUGGAACGCCGUCACCUUUCUGCAAUUCGAAGACCGCGCCAGCUGGGCCGCAUCGGAAUUUCAUCUAUUCGGUGAUCUCGUCACUGAUCCGCUGCGCAUCAACGCCGUGAAUUUGGCCGAUAGAGCAAUCGUCAUCCCCAUCGGCAUCAUCACCACCCCGUUCUACGACCCGACGUGGCCACUCGAGUUCAACUACGGCGGCAUUGGGCAGAUCAUCGGCCACGAAUUCACGCAUACAUUCGACGAUCGAUGCGUCACUUACGGAAAUCCGCGGUUCAACAUCAGCAUUCAGGGCAACGGCAAGCUUCAGCACAAGGAGACGAUCGCCGACAGCAACGGGAUUCGGGUGGCUUGGAGGCCGGAAUGUGGAAGAACGCCUGCCAUCUACCCCAAUCAAAAUCGCAAGGAGCUCAGUUGGCUUCAUGAUGAGCACCCAAUCGGCAGUGUACGCGUCAACGAAAAGCUGAAGAACUUCAACGCGUUCGCAACGACAUUUAAGUGCACGUUGAACUCGACGAUGAACCCGGAGAAGAAGUGCAGGGUCUGGCGCUACUACCAC